AUGCAGACCGGCAACACCGUCUUCCUCGGCCUGGGCGCGUCGGACGCCGCCCUGCGCAAAUCCUCCAAGUGGCUGAAGGCGCUGGUCUCCAUCGCCGCCUUCAUCGCCGGCAGCUGCCUGUUCGCGCUGACCCGCUGGCUCGGCCCCCAGCGCCGCCGCACCCUGGCCGGCUCGUUCGCCGUGCAGGCCGUCUUCUUGGCCGUCGCCGCCGUGCUGCUGCGCACCGGUGCUAUCUCCGGCGACACUCACAGCACCACCACCAGCAGUACCAUCCUUGUUGUCGACGACGGCGCGCCCGACCGAGCCGUAUUCCUCCAGCUCGUGCCCAUCGCGCUGGUCGCCUUCCAGUCCGCCGGGCAGAUGGCUGCCAGCCGCCUGCUGGGCUUCAGCGAGAUCCCCACCACCGUGCUGACCAGCCUGUAUUACGACCUGGCCGCCGACCCGGCCUUGCUAGCCCCCCUGCGCGAGAACGUCAAACGCAACCGCCGCUUCGCCGCCGCGGUCGCUGUGGUUGCUGGCGCUGUGCUGGGUGGCUGGCUGGCGCGCGCGACCGGUGGUAUCGAGACCGCGCUGUGGAUGGCCGCGGCUACAAAGUUCGCAGUGGCUGUUGCCUGGCUGUGCUGGCCCGCCAGCAGCAAGACGCCGCCUGCUCUCUCCGGCUAA